AUGAUUUUUUCCUCCUUAGCACUCCAUGGACUGGAGCUCCAGCUGCAAGUCGGCAGCUUGAUUCACACUGGGGAAGCAAUCGUCACUGGCGCUGGAAGGGAGGGCUCGGCUUGCGGAGCCAUCGACGCGGCGAUAGACCCUCGGGUGAGACUAAUGUACAUGGCUAACGAGGGGGAUUUGGAAGGGAUUAACGAGCUGUUGGACUCUGGUACCAAUGUCAACUUCAAAGAUACCGGCGGUCGCACUGCUCUCCACGUCGCCGCUUGCCAGGGCCUUACCGACGUCUUUCAGUUACUCCUUGAUUUCGGCGCCGAUGUCGGCCCCAGAGAUCGCUGGGGCAGCACUCUACUGGCAGAUGUGGUUUACUAUAAGAACCAAGACGUGAUCAAGCUUUUGGAGAAGCAUGGUGCAAAGCCUCCGAUAAUUCCGAUGCAUGUUCAAAAUUCUCGUAAAGUGCCAGAGUAUGAGAUUGAUCCUAGUGAGCUUGAUUUUUCUGACAGUGUCAAUAUCACAAAGAGGACAUUUCGCGUAGCAUCUUGGCGGGGCGUUAAAGUUGCUGUUAAAACACUUGGAGAGGAAGUUUUUACUGAUGAGGACAAAGUAAAGGCAUUCAGGGAUGAGCUUGCAUUGCUUCAGAAGAUACACCAUCCAAAUGUUGUCCAAUUUUUGGGUGCUGUAACCCAAAGCAGUCCCAUGAUAAUUGUUACAGAAUACUUAUCUAAGGGAGAUCUUGGAGCAUAUUUGAAGAAAAAAGGAGCAUUAAAGCGAACUCUUGCUGUUAAGUUUGCACUUGAUAUUGCUAGGGGAAUGAAUUAUUUGCUUGAGCAUAAACCUGAAGCAAUAAUUCAUCGGCAUCUUGAGCCUUCGUACGUCUUCCUCUUAAAUAUGCAUGUUUGUUACCUUAAUUUUUCUCAUAACUUUUUGGGCUUGGAACAUGCAUUUAUUAAUCCCUAAAUGGGUAAAAUUACUGAAAGCUUGUUAAUAUUUUAUAAGUAAGAUAACAGAAAUAUACUGCAGGAUGAUUCUGGGCAUCUGAAAGUUGCAGAUUUGGAGUCAGCAAACUGCUCAAUUUUACAAAAACAGUUAAAGAAGACAGACCUGUGACAUCUCAAGAGACUAAUAAGUUUUCUACAUUAGGCAAAAUUCUGUAUCCUACAUUAUCAUCUAUCUGUACUAGAUGGGGUUGCUUGUGAAUUACUGGACUAACCAUUCGUUAUGUCGUUUGUUGAGAGAGUUGGAGGUGGGCUGUGAAGCAUGGACACGCUCGAGCUCCCCUCGUACCUAUAUCUGACAUGGAUAUGCUGCCGACACAUUGGAAUAUGUAUGGGACGUGGGGCAUGGCAAAAAAUAAAAAAAGUUUGGAAGUGGUCAAGACAUGGUGAUGGAUACAUCGGGACAUGGUAGAGGAAGGAAAUAGGAGGUGGUGCUAGGUGUUUUAGGUGGCGGAAAACAGUAAAAAAGGAUGGAGGUGCAAAAAUUUUUUCCCCCUUUUUUUGUAGAUCUAGACUUUUUUAGCUAUUUUUGGGAAACCUAGCUAGUUAGUAAGAAAGUGGAGGUUGAGGGGAAUUUUAUGUGAUUUUUUUGGAAAAAAAAAAGCCAUUGGUGAAUGAUGGCUGGUGUGGCGGCUACCACUGGAAUUUGGGUUGGUGGGGUGGCUGGAGGGAGAGUGUUUAGAGAGAAGAGGAUGAGAGAGCAGAGA